AUGUGUGGAUUACAAAUUUCUCUGUCUUGCCUGUGACUAGCUCUGGUAGCUUUUUCCAUUUUUUUCUUUUUAUUGAUUCAGAAAGAGAUCCUGGGAUAUCCAUUUCUUUGUCUCUUUUGCACUGGGAGACAAAUUAACUUAGAAAACUUAGGCCUUUCAAGUAUUCCCAAGAAUUUUCCUAGAAGUACAAUGCUUUUAUAUCUGAGUGGAACUAAUAUAACCCAUGUAAAUCUAAAUGAAUCAAUAAAUCAUCAGGCUCUUGUAGCACUUUAUUUGGACAAUUCUAGUAUUUCACAUGUGUAUUCAAAAGCUUUUGUUGAUUUGAAGCAACUGUAUUAUCUAUACUUAAGCCAUAAUUUAAUAAAACAUUUAGAUCCAGGAAUGUUUGCGGGACUUUCAGCUCUUCAUAAUUCGUAUUUACAGUCUAAUCAGAUAGCUUUUGUUCCUGAAGGAUUAUUUAGUGAUCUAGCUUCAGUUCAUUAUCUUACUCUGCAAAGAAAUUGCCUCACUGUUCUUGGAAUUGGUACCGUCUUUGGAAUGAUAAGUCUCCAGACAUUUAAUCUGGCUGACAGUAAAAUUUCAAAGAUAACAGAUUCAGCAUCUCUUCAUCGUGGAAACUUUAAGUGUUUGUAUCUUGAAAGUAACAAUUUAACAAAGAUCCCAUCAAAUGCUUUUAGUGUUUUUAAAAACCUUAAAAAACUUAAUUUGUCCCAUAACCACGCUGACUCAAAACAUCCUUUUGCAUUUAAAGAACUAGUCAAGCUGAAGUACAUACUUCUGAAAAAUGCAAGCAUCAGAAAUGUUUAUAAGGAUGGAUUUAGUGGAAUUAAUGAUCUUAAACAUAUUACUUUAAACCAUAAUGAUUUGGAAAAUUUAAAUUGUAACAUGUUUAGAUUGUUAGACAACUUAAUGUACCUACAGUUAUAUAGAAACAGAAUAAUCAGCAUUGAUGGUAAUACAUUUGAAUGGGGAACUUUGUUAAAAAUUCUUAAUCUGUCAUUUAAUAAUCUUACAGACCUGCAUCCUAGAGUUCUUAAAUCCUUAUCUUCAUUGAUACAUCUUCAAGCCAAUUAUAAUCCUUGGGACUGUAGCUGCAAAUUGUUGAGCCUACGUGACUGGCUAACAUCUUUAGCCAUUACUCUGAACAUCUAUUGUCAAAAUCCUCCAUCAGUGCAUGGCAGAGCUUUGCAUUACAUUAAGUCGACUGAAUUUGCAGAUUGCCUUUCUUCCUCCACUAAUGGAUCACCAGCCUGGGCAUUAGAAUCUCUUCAGAUUCAUCACAAGACUAUGGCACUAAUGAAGGCCUGGCAUAAAUUAGCUACAUUUGGAAAAAAUUUUGAAAAGUCUGAAACUGAGAGUGUUACCUUCAGAGGAAGAGUUCUGACUUCAACUCCCAAUAGGUUUUUUCAAGAACAUGCUUUUGAGAAUCCAUCAGAGACAACAACAGCGUUACCGGUACAAAUACAGCUUAACCCUGUUAACUUGAGUGUGGAAAACAAUAGUGUCCUGCCAACCAGUGUUGUCUCUUUAACACAAGAGACAGCUUUGAUAUGUACACAGGACGUUGAGAAGUUGAAUCAGGCUUUUGACAUUUUGUUAGUUUUUUUCAUUUUAGCUUGUGUUGUGAUUAUUUUUCUGAUCUUUAAGAUUAUUCAGUUUAAUCAAAGACUGAAGACACAAGAAAACUCGAGUGAACACAAACUAGAAUACUACAGUUUUUAUCAGUCAGCUAGGUAUAGUGUUACAGAACCACUUUGUGCUAGGGCUCAGAAUCCAUUAGGAAGAACAGUUAUGGAACAAGUUGGACUUCCUAAACAAAUAAUGCCUGAAAGUCAGGCACAGGUCAUCCUGUUUGAACAUUCUGCCUUGUAAUCAUAUUCAGCUUAACUCUUU